AUGGCUGCAGGGGGGCCCGUAGAGGAGCUCUGUGAUGAAGCUACUUGUUCUAUCUGCCUGGAGUAUUUCAAGGAACCGGUAACCAUUAUAGAUUGUGGGCACAAUUUCUGCCAAGACUGCCUGACCCAGUUCUGGGAGGAACCAGGCACAGAAGUGUCCUGUCCUUAUUGCAGAAAAAACACCCAGCAAAGGAAUUUCAUCCCAAAUCAGCAACUGGCUAAAUUUGUAGCAUUAGCCAAGAGACUCAGUUUUCAGGGAGGAAACAGGACAGAAGGAAAGGAAAACACUAUCUGUGAAAAACACCAGGAGCCUCUAAAACUCUUCUGUAAACAAGAUCAAGUCCUUAUCUGUGGAAUCUGCAACAGAACCAAGGAACACCGAUAUCACAGGAAAAAGUCUCUGGAGAAGGCUUCCCAAAAGUAUAAGGAUCUGAUCUCUGAGUAUCUGAGGGUUCUGAAGAAGGAGAGAGAGAAAAUUCUGGCAUAUAAAGCAGAGACAGGAAGGGAAUGCCUCAGCCUAUUUAAACAAACAGAUGCAGAGAGGGAAAAGACAAUCGCUGAGUUCAGACAACUGCACCAGUUUCUGGAAGAACAGGAAGCGCUUCUACUGGCCCAGAUGGAAGAGGUGGAGACAGAGAUUGCAACUCGAAGAGAUGAGUGCGUGGCCAGACUCUCCAGGAAACUCUCCUCCCUUGACAGCAUCAUCCAGGAGAUGGAAGAGAAAUGUCAGCACUCAGAGAUUGAAUUUCUGAAGGAUAUUAAAAGUACCUUGGAAAGGUGUAAGGAGUACAAAAUGUUUGCAAAUCCAGUCACUUUUCCUUCUGAGCUCAAGUGGAAGAUUUGGGAAUUCUGUGACAUUAAUCCCUUUCUGGAGGCCAUCAGGAAGAAACUGGAAGACACUCUAUCAUCUGGAUUUCCACUGCAGAAAGCAAAUGUCACUCUAGAUGCAGACAUAGCUAGUCCCUGGCUCAUCCUGUCUACAGAUUGUAAAAGCCUGAGGAAUGGACGUGAAUACCAACAUCUGCCCAACAAUCCUGAGAGAUUUGAUGAAUGGCCUUGUGUGCUGGGAUGUGAGGGAUUCACAGAAGGCAGACAUUUCUGGCAAGUCACUGUGGGAAGCGAGGAAAACUGGGCUGUGGGGGUUGCCAGAAAGUCUGUGAAGAGAAAAGGCCAGCUCAGCAUAAGUCCUGAGGAAGGGAUCUGGGCUGUAGGAAAGUGGGCAGGUGAAUACAAGGCUCUCAACCCUCCAGAUUUCUCUCGUCUGUCCCUGAGUGGGGAACCUAAGAGAAUACAAGUGUCUCUGAACUGUGAAGGGGAUCAGGUGACCUUUUUGGAUGCAGAUAGAGCAACCCAGCUCUUCACGUUCUCAGCAGUCUCAUUCCCCAGGGAGACCCUUCACCCCUUCUUUUGGCUUCAAAAUAAGGACUACCUCACACUCUCUUGAAGCCACCUAAUGGUGCAGCGGGGAAGUAACUUGCCUAGCGAGCAAGAGGUUGCCGGUUUGAAUCCCCGCUGGUAUGUUUCCCAGACUAUAUCAAGCAGCAGCAAUAUAGGAAGAUGCUGAAAGGCAUCAUUUCAUACUGCACGGGAGAUGGCAAUGGUGAACCCCUCCUGUAUUCUACCAAAGAAAACCACAGGGCUCUGUGGACACCAGGAGUUGAUACCGACUCGAUGGCUCAACAUUACUUAACUUUACCACACUCUCUUCCUAAGGAUGCCAAAUAUACCUCACAGGCUCUGCUGACCAGGAUGAUUAAUCAAACAUCUCAAAUAUCUGUUGAUCCACGAGCACUUCCUGGAACUGCAAAGGCUUAAGGAAGCAUUUGAUCAUUACUGAAACUAAUUCAAAUGGAGUCUGAUUGUUCCCUACCUUUCCUAGAGUCCCCCUGUUUCCUCUGCUUCUGAUUUGCUUCAAAUAAAGCAAAUACACAGUAAUGGGAAACAAAAGCAGUAAAAGAAAUAAAACCACCACACUUAUAGAAAGUGUCUAUCAGUGGGCUCAUUGCUAAAACCAUGUACUAUAUUUAGGUUUUCCCCAAGUUCUCUUCCUUCGGGUAUAACCUGUAUUUGACCUCUAUUUUUUAAGGGGCUUGUCUUAAAUUCAGAGUAGUCUUGUAUUUGGGUAAAUACGGUUGGUUUUAGACAGAUUUAAAGUUCUGCCUAUGCUUAAAAUAGAUGUGGUAUGUAUCUGAGGGCGUAGCAAGAUUGGAGUGGAUCCUGGGACAAAAUGUGAAGAUGAUGGUCCCCUACCCCACCACCCAUUUCUCCACUGUUUCCUUUGGAGAAGUGGGGAGUGAGCAAAGAGCAAACUGUCACUCAGCUAACAGACCCCCUCUUCCUUGGGGGCCAAGGACAUUUGUCCUCAAUCCCUUGGUCAGUUAUAGCUAUGCUGCUGUGGUAUCAUUUAUUACUGUAGUGUUGCUGUAAAAAUAAUAAUAAAUUGUGAGUUCUCAGGUACUAAAAACUGUUACUAUUCAGGGAGGAUCCACUAUAUUCAGAGGGAUCCACACCAUACCCUAUAACUGUCCCAAUUCAGCCAGAAUAGCCGUGUUUUCCAGAGCCCUGUCCUAGGGAAAACCCAGUCUUCCCAUUAUCCCUAGUUUAAAGAUGCACGAUGCUGUUGUGCUUUGAUUGUGGGCUGAGGAGGGGACAGGGAGUUGCACUAGACAUAACUUGGGCUGCAAUCCUGUGCACACUUGCUUCAGAGGAAGCCCCACUAAUCUGGAUGGGUGACAGGGUGCACAGUCCACCAUUGACGGUAGCAAAUGGUCAGGGCUGCUGUGCAACUUCAAAGGCAACCCCAGUGUUACUCAAUGGGACUACUGCAAAAUACCUAAAAACUGCUAGCGUGGAAAGAGCAGCACUGCACUGCUGCCUGGCAGUGGUUUUUAGCCAAUUUACAGGUGCCCCAGCGCUACACGGUCGGAGUUGCCUUUGAAGAUGCACCAGCUGCCCUGAUGGGUCGCUACCAUUGACAAUGGACCACACAUCAUGUCAUCUGGUGGGACUUCCUUCUGAGUAAACAUGCAUAGGAUUGUGCUGAAUAUGAAGUCCAGUAGAGUUUAUAUAAACCAUACCCAGCUUUGGGGGAGCGAUGGGAUAGGGAUGUGCAUGAAUUGCAAUUCGAAGCCUGACAUCGUAACACAUCCCCUGCACCUUUAAAAUGGAGGAGGGCAGGUGCAUAGCUGCUCCUCCGCCAUUGCUGCCACUUCCUGAAUCAGCAGGGGCAGCACUUCUCCCAGCUAUAAUUGUGUGCCACCGGCACUCUCACUUAGCUGCCCCCGUGUGACACCGGCAGGCACAUGGCCUCCAUGCAUGCGUGGAGGCCAUGUGUGUGCCAGCAUCAUGCAGGGCAGCUGGGGGAGAAUGCCGCUGGGGCGCAAAAAUAGCUGGGAGGAGUACUGCUGAUUCAGGAAGUGGCAGCGAGCAGAGGAGUAGCGGCUAUGCCCUCCAUUUUAAAAGGUGCAGGGGAUGUGUUGUGAUUCCGGCUUUGAAUCGCAAUUUGUGCACAUCCCUACUAUGGUAGAUAAUCACAGAAGCAAUUCGGAAUAACUUCUAUAGAAUUCUUUCUACCAGAUUGUGAAUUAGCAGUCAUCCUCUCAGACAAAGUAUGAGUAUUUAAGUAUUAAGUCCAGUCAUGUAUAUAAUCAUGUAUUUUAUAUCCCGUUCUAUCCCAUGAGCUCAGAGCAGCAUUUUUCCUAAAUGUUAAUACUCCAGCAUCUAUGAACUUUCAGUCUCAAAAUUUCUGAUCUUAAGUUACUGGUUAUAUAUGACACUUCAGUAAUUAUGUCUGAAGGAUAGGGCCAUCGUUGGUAGUUCUAUCCAAAUCCUUGCUUGAUUCAUGUUCAUAAAAUGAUAAUAAACAGCAUGGCUGGAUUAAGGCUUAAUGGGGGCGGCGGCACAGGAUAAGGGAGCUUUUGUGGUAUUGUCCACAUGGCUAACAACACAUAAAAGCAUGGGCUGAUUACAAAAACCAUAUUGAUUGUAAUGUGUGUAAAUUAGUGUAAUACUGAAUAUGUCAUGUACAAAU